GUUUGCAGGCGGUGGUAACAGAGGAGCAGCGAGAGGUUUAGCAGACGAGGUUUCUGAGGUUUUUUAUUAUUUGUUACUCCCAACUGUGGAGUGCGAGUUAAAAGGGGUCGUUUCUGGUGGAUAGUAGGACCAAUAGGCCCAACCAAAACCUAACCCAAGCUCAAUAAUGGACUGAAAUCUAAAAUUUAAAAAGAAAAAAAAAAAAGGUAAAAUAAUACUCACCCGAAACGCCGCCGUUGGAAUCUCAAAAACACUCCGACGGCGUGCUUUUGCUAUUUUCUCCAGCCGUGUAGAACCAAUGGUUCUUCUCAUUCAUCAUCUUUCAAAAGACACAGCGCUUAAUAAAACCACCAGCCAUCUGCUUUACCCCUCGGAUUAGUUGGCUUUCAACCGAUUAAAGAAGAAGAAGAAGGAGAAGAAUCCUUUACCGCCAGCAUAGCAGGCUACUCUCGCCUCUAAUUCCAUCUGAGGUUGAUGGACCGACAAGGCCAUGAUUAUGCUGCAGCAGCGGCUUCUGCCAUGGCAUUUGCCCAGCAGCAGCAGCAGCAGCAGCGACAAACUGCCAAUAUGCCAACACAGCAGCAGCAGUUUGGAUUUCAUCCUCAACAUCAACAUCAGCAGUUUCCUCCACCUCCAUUUAUGUCUCCCCAUACUUCCAUGCAACAAUUCGCUUACCCUCACCACUUGCAGCAGCAGCAGCAGCAACCUCAGCUUCAUCCUCACCCUCCUCCACAUCCUCACCUUCUUCAUCAGCAGCAUCCUCCCCCUCCUUUCCCGACCCAUUUACCUCCUCAUCUAUAUCCUUCUCCUUUCCACGGUACUUAUGACUCAGCUCCAGCUCCAGCUCCAGCUCCUCCUCCAUCUGAUCCUGAGCUGCAAAAAGUUAUUGACAAACUUGUUGAGUAUGCCACCAAAAAUGGCCCUGAGUUUGAAGUCAUGAUCCGCGAAAAGCAAAAGGAUAAUCCUGCUUACAGUUUCCUCUUUGGGGGUGAGGGCCACAACUACUAUCGAUACAAGCUAUGGCUAUCAACACAUCCCCCAGGUGGGCCCUUCAACCCUCCUUUUCCACCUUCUUCCAUGUCAGUUAUGCAUCCUUCGCCAAACCCAAUGAUGAAUCCUGCUGUUGGACCCUCGAACUCAAUGGUUGGUGCUCCUCCAAUGCACCAGCCUCCUUUUCCUCCUUUUUAUGACCCACAGCAGCAUCACCAUCAGCACUCACAGCCUUUUGGUUCUGUUGGUCGACUAGAUUUUGAUUCGUCAACCAAUUCCUUCAAAGGUCUCUCUGGUCCACUUCCUCCCGACGUUGCGAUGGAGCUGAGAAAUGUGCUUAACAGUCUUAAUGGAACCAAGGAAUCUAUUAAAGGUGCCAAAACUUGGUUCAUGCAGCGGUCCCCAUUUGCACUGGCUCUGGCUGAAGCACUAAGGGACAGAGUUUUUGCUCUAGACGAUCCUGAGAGGCAACUGCAUAUUAUUUAUCUUGCUAAUGACAUCCUUUUUGACAGUUUGCAGAGGAGGCUUAACCCACAUGACCUUGAUAAUGAGGCCCUUGCAUUUAAGCCAAUUCUGGGUUCCAUGCUUGCAAGAGUGUAUCACAACCCUCAAAAUAAAGAUGACAAUCAGCCACGGUUACAGAAGAUUCUUCAGUUCUGGGGUACCAAGGAGGUUUAUGAUCAAGAUACUAUUUAUGCACUUGAAGGCGAGAUGCUUGGUGGACCACCUGCAAAUUCCUUUUCAGGGCCCCCAAAAGAACUAUCCACUGCUUCAAUGGAUUCCUCUGCUACUGCAGGCUAUACACAACAACCGAUAAACCAUGUCCCACAAUGGCAGUCUGAUAGGCAAAGUAUACUAGAUCAGGAGCAUCCUGAUAAACAAAUGCCACUAGCCAUGCCACCAUCCCUAGGAAACCAGCAAUUUAUGGCGAAUUCAGUUCCUGUGGGUGCUUUCCCAGGGUCCAUGCCCAUAAAUUCUUCUGUUCAACCAGCUAAUCAACAAUCUGCACCACAUUCAUUACAAGCACCUCCCGCUAAUGUUGGUGAAAAAUUGCCUCCAUAUCCUUUGUUCCCACCUGGUCUUAUUCCCGGAAUGGUAAAAAAGAUGCAGAUCGGGAGUGGGGUGCCAUACUCUCCUUUGAGUCCUUUGGACAUCCCAACAGUUAUACCUCCAUCCAGUGUAUCCCCGACUGAAAUUCAAGAUAGAGUGUCAAAAUUCUUUAAAGAGAUUGGAGAGGUUAAUCCAUUUGAGGGAUCAAUAAAGUCCCAUUCAAAAGAUGAAGAUGAUGAGUAUGAGAGAGAUCCUCCCGUUCGCAAAGGAGGAGCUUGCAUUCCUCCACCUCCUAACUUACAGGUUGACCCAGAGACUGGGGCUUAUGCUGAUGGAAGUGUGGAGCGAAAACCAGGAUGCACUGGCUCAGGAAGAUUGGGGCUUGGGGCCACAGCUGACCCCAACGAGGCAAGUCAAUAUGAUGAUGUUUACACAUCUUAUAGGAAACAGCGAAGCACCACCUACCAUUCAUCCAUGAGUGCAAGAGCAUCUACAAAGUAAAAUAUCUGAUUUCUCACCAAAUAGUUGUCAAAUGGAAAAAUUAGUACCAGAGAAACUGCUUUCCGCCCAUUAAUUGAACUUUCAGAAAUUCUGCAAAUUGCAACUUGGAUUUGUACAAGUGGCCAACUUUAUUUAAUUUGUAUAAUUACAUUAUGGAUUUACAAGUUUUGAUUAGGGUCAUAUAUUUGGAACUUUGGACACCCAGGGACUGCUAUAUGUAGUGUCGAAAACUCAAGGUAAUUAGUGUGGAGUUCCUUCUGAUC